AAAGAGCACGAAUCUUCUGACUGAAACUCCAAUUUUACGAUAAAGCGCAACGCUGAUGAAGAGAACUCACGAACUGUAAAUGAAAUCCACUCGGAUGUCGCUCAAGAGGCGGCGCUUUUUAGUGACGGGCAGAAGGGAAGGCUAAUGAAAUGUCAAACUUUCAAAGUGACAUCAUGAUUGGCAGUAAAACCAGCCAACCAGAGUCCAGGAAGAAGCGUCCAGUAUCCUCUGCUGCCGCGGAGAUGAGGGGGAGGGGUUGGGGGUCAAAGAAACGCAGAGAAACGGGCUGCUGGUGGUGAAGAUGGCGGAUGGGGAUAGUGGUAGUGAGCGAGGCGGCAGUAGCGGCGGUGGUGGAGGAGGAGGAGGCGGCGGCGGUUUCCAGCAUUACCAGCGGGAACCGGAGACCCAGGAGCUGGCCUCCAAGCGGCUGGACAUUCAGAACAAACGCUUCUACCUUGACGUAAAGCAGAACGCCAAAGGCCGGUUCAUCAAAAUCGCCGAGGUCGGCGCCGGGGGCUCGAAAAGUCGCUUGACCCUCUCCAUGUCAGUUGCUGCGGAGUUCCGUGACUACCUUGGGGACUUUAUUGAGCAUUACGCCCAACUUGGGCCUAGCACCCCGGAGCAGAUUGCUCAGUCAUCCGGUGGCGAUGACACCGGGCCUAGGCGGGCCUUGAAGAGCGAGUUUCUGGUGCGCGAGAACCGAAAAUACUACCUCGACCUGAAGGAGAACCAGCGGGGUCGGUUCCUUCGUAUCCGGCAGACCGUCAACCGAGGCCCCGGUUUUGGAGUUGGAGUGGGUGGCAUCCCCGGGUCUGGCCUGCAGUCCGGACAAACCAUCGCACUCCCGGCGCAAGGCUUGAUAGAGUUCCGCGACGCCUUGGCCAAACUGAUAGACGACUACGGGGGGGACGACGAGGACCUGGCCGGUGGCGGAGGAGCCAGGGGCUACAGCGAACUUCCGGAGGGCACGUCCAUCAUGGUGGACUCCAAGCGGUUCUUCUUUGACGUGGGAUCCAACAAGUACGGAGUGUUCCUGCGGGUGAGCGAAGUAAAACCCAGCUACAGAAACUCUAUCACCAUCCCCUUCAAGGCGUGGAGCAAGUUCGGCGGAGCCUUCAGCCGUUACGCCGAGGAGAUGAAAGAGAUCCAGGAGCGGCACCGGGAUAAGAUGUACGAGAGGAGAACCGGAGAGGAGUCCGAGGGGGACGACGUGGACGACGAUUGAUGCGGUGGGAGAGGUGGCUUCUUGUGAUUCAACGAUGGCAACAUGACGCAAAGCCCGGAGACGCACGAGAGACGGAGAGGAUGUUGUGCAUGACGAACUGAACUCUUAAAUGCUAAAAUAACGGAGUAAAACAAAGUAUAUUUGACUGAGAAAUUCUAUGUCUAAAGUUUAGGUGGAUGUUAUAGCCAGUGGAGUGCGGACUGCAGUAGUCGGCCUCUGUAUGAGAUUCCCCAUUGAUAAAAAUAUAUAUUUAAUAUAUAUCUAUAUAUAAAUAUAUUGAUUGUGCAUUUGAUAACCUCACAUGUAGCCCAGCAGGUUAGGUUCGGCAGAGGCGCAUCGGCAGGUGACCCGUGCUCUUCCUGAGAGUCGCCCGGUGCUGACCCGUAGUCCGUGUGAUGAAUAGGAAGAAAGCCUAAACUGUGCGACGCGCUCGAACCAGCAGCUGCAGGGUGGAUGUGUGAGCAGGAACGCCAGCGCCGCUCACCGUCGUCAUUUGUGUUUAAAGUGACCCGUAACAAACCGCUUGUCCAGACAGAUCCGCAGCACCCAGAGCCGCCGCCUCGGCUUACGUGGGGGACAACGCAGGACGUCCUCCCAGCCCAGCCGGGUCCGGUAACGGCUGUCUGUUACAAGCACACGACUCAUUUGGAUUCACCGCACUAUCCAAAUAAGUCCAAACGACCUCCCUUUUUCUUCCUCCCUUGCACCCCCCCUCUCCCCCUGAGCGUCCCCUCAGGUGCUCAUCUCUUGCUCCGACAGCCGAGAUGCAGAGAGGCCUGCUCACAUGUGGCUUGUUGUGUCUCAGGGCUGGAAAAUCCCUUCCACAUUCUGGGAUGUACCAGCAUUACUCGUGCCUGUGCAUCAUCCUCGAGAGGUUCUGGGUGCAGAUCUGGGUCCAUCCAGCAGCUGCAGCGGAGUCGUCUGGCAACUGAUGACGUCUCCUGUGAUACGGGGCCACAUCUGACCCGUGUGACCUUUCUGUCAGAGGGGACGCGGCGAGCACAGGCCUUUCACGCCGGUCACGACUCUACAAGUUAAAGCUUAAUAUUGCCAGGGUUGAGCUAUAAACUCGAGGGUGUCCUCGGUGCAUCGCUUGGAUCCUUGAAUCUUGAACUCAGACCAUUUAUGACUGAAGCGAUUUCAGUCUGAUUGUAACAAAAAUUAGGUGCUUUUAAAAAAGGAAAACCCACAAUGGGGUGUUGUAUCUAAUAUAUAUAUAUAUAUAUAUGUAUAAAUACAUACAUACAUAUAUAUGUACUGGAAGAGAUUUACUGACUAAAAAGAUCAAAUAUAGAUAGAAUUAUUUUGAAAAAGAUAUAUUAAGAAAUGUCUUUAAUAGGAGACAUUUAUUAGAUAACGCCGCCUAAAGUGGCUUAUUUAAAACACUAAACUUGGAUGCAACUGUCCGGGGUGAUAUUUCAUACCUGCUUUUUUCCUAAUAAUUCUUUCAUUCCUUAGAGGAAGUUUAAAGCCGAUCGAUUUCUCUGGUAUCUUCUAGCAAUUUCUACAGGCAACCUCUUUGAGGCACUCCAGUUCACUUUACACAGCUUCAAGUUGUCUGCUCAUUUCAGACCACACCUUUUACCACGCCGUCAUAAACUGGCGUUCCAUCAGUUGCCAUAUGACGCUGACACACACACACACACACACACAUGCAACCAUCAGCAUCGUGUUUUUAAUGCUCCUUUUAAGAAAAUUCUCUUCUUUAGCAUGCCUGCUCCCGCGCCGAGCCGCCUUUCUGUUCCUUUUGCAUCGUAUGAUUGCUGUUUGAUGGUUAUUUAUCCGUUUCUUUUUAGUGCAAGUUUGAUUUCUGUGCUGCAAUAGACUUAAGAAGGUUUACCCCUCUCAGCCUAAAGCGAAUAAGAAAAAGCCACAGCGUUCCCGUGUUCCGGGGAAAGUCACUCAUUGUCCCACUUCCUUUAGCGUGUGCGAAACCUUUAGUUGGAUUUGACUUCACCCACUUCAACACAGCAAAGAAACGCCAUAAAAAAGAAAAACACCUGGGAGCAAUAGUUUUUUUUUCUUUUCUAUUGAUAUAAAUAUAUAUAAGACUACACAUGCGAUUGAACUACAUCCUUCUUGUACUGUGUUACGUGAAAUGGCAGCUGUUUCAGUCGUGUGUGUUUCUGCUGUAAUAUUCUACCAAGAUCCUUUCAAUGAGAAAUAAAAAAAAGGUUUUUGCUCAGGAAA